ACACCCUCUGCGGAAUGUUUUUGGGCUGGCAGAGAAGGCAGAGCUUAAAGCGUUUAUUGUUCAAAGUAUUGCGUCUCUUUCUUCAUUAAUUGCCCUUCUGACUUGGAAUAAGUGCAUCUAGUUGAAGGCUCAGCAGCGGAUUCUCCUCCUCCUGCAGUUUUCAUUCUGUGCAGCCACCAUGAAAAUUGCAUCUUUCAACAUCCAGAGGUUUGGACGAAACAAAGUGUCAGACCCAGAUGUUCUCAAUAUCUUAAUUAAGAUAGUGUCUCGAUAUGACAUCCUUGUGAUCCUGGAGGUUGUGGAUGCCAGUGGAACAUCUGUAAAAACCUUAAUGGAUGCACUCAACAAUUCCAACAGUAAACAUCACUACACUCUGAAAAUCAGCAGUCGUUUGGGUCGAACUCGUUACAAGGAGCAGUUCAUGUUCCUGUACAGGGACGAUCUGGUAGAUUUGGUUGGCUCCUAUCAGUUUGAUGAUCAGGUGACUGAGGGAGGAGACAUUUUCGCCAGAGAUCCCUACAUCCUGAGAUUCAGAUGCCUCAGUACAGUGCUGAAGGACCUGGUGAUGAUCCCAGUUCACACCAAACCAGAGGACUCAGACAAGGAGCUGGACGAACUCUACGAUGUCUUCCAGCACAUCAAGAAGAAGUGGAGGACUGAUAAUGUCAUGAUCCUGGGAGACUUUAAUGCAGACGGUUCCUACGUUACCAAGAGAGACAUGAAGAGCAUCCGGAUCCGUAAUGACAAGAAUUUCCAUUGGCUGAUUGGAGAUGAUGUCGACACCACAGCCAGCACUGGAAACAACCACACAUACGACAGGAUAGUGAUCUACGGUGACGACAUGCUACAGGCUAUCGUACCAAGCUCUGCCAAACCCUUCAACUUCCAGGAGGCUUAUGGACUCAGUGAGGAGCAGGCCCUGAAAGUGAGUGAUCAUUAUCCUGUGGAGGUGGAGCUGAAGUCCAUAGCUCCGACAACAGACGAACAGAUUGAUCUGAAGAAGUCGGAGCCGCAGCAGCUUCAGGGACUCGUGGUCAUGGACGGAGAUCUACUGGAGCUGAAGAGGGGAAAUCUGCUGCUGGAGAGGGAGAAGCUCAGCCUGGAGAUCCAGAUCCUGCAGUUGACGAUGGCCAAGAUGAACCGCAAUGAUGCAGUUUAAUCUGAAGAAAGUACCAACCAAACAACAUAGCUCUACCUUAACCCAUUAUCCACAGAACCACUAAUGACUGUAUCACUGUUACAAGUUGUUCUGGGUUUGCUGUACUAUACUGAGCUGUCAAUCCUAGAUGGCUGCGCUUACUCCAUUUUCUGAAUGACUGCAGAUACCCUUCAUCAAUAUGAACUGAGAGAAACAGACACUUUCCUGUUUUCACUUUAAAUUUUGACUGAGUCUAGGUAUUAUCAGUCCUUUUCAUCCAUGCUACACACAAGGUAAAAUUAACUGUGUGAGUUGUGUGUAAUUCUUGUUUUCAGUGUCAUUUUUUAAUGUCUAAAGCACAUUUUGUAUUUUUGUAAUCAAUAACAGUUCUUCUCAGGAGGUUAAAAUCAUUUUAUUGCCCGUUUUCAAAUGUAAUCUUCUACUUGUGGACUGAAUAAAUGCUCUUGUUAAUCUUC